UGUGUGUGCGUGUGUGUGUGUGUGUGUGUAUCUGAGUUGGAACCCGAAAGUGAACUUGUGAAAGAAUUUAAACGGGAUACUGACACAGAGAGAGAGCGAGAGGAGACCUGUCGUGUACCAGCAGCAACAUGCAGGGUCUGAGCUCUCGCGCUCACGCGUUUUUGGUGGAGGCGCUGGUCGGUAAACCCUGUAAACGGAGGAAGACCUCGGCACGACCGGACGUUGCGGGGGUCAACGCGGAGGUCAGCGGCGACGCCGACACGUUCACUAGUGAGACCGGUUCCAACGGUCCUCUGCAGUUUCCUUCGGACCAGAGUAAAAGUGCUGCCGGGACCCCACAGGGACAAAAGGACUCGGAACUCGGGAGAGAAGGUCGCAAAAUCAGGGUCGGGGAUGAAACGUCGUGCGGAGAGGCCCAGAGGUCGGGGCAGAGCGGGGACCCGCGGGUCGACCUGCAGGGCUCAGAGCUCUGGAACCGCUUCUAUGAGAUCGGCACUGAGAUGAUCAUCACCAAAGCUGGCAGGUACGUCUAUCACAGCUCGCAGUGGAUGGUGGCGGGAAACACGGACCACUCGUGCAUCUCCCCGCGCCUCUACGUGCACCCGGACUCGCCGUGCGCAGGGAGAGACAUGGAUGCGUCAGGCUCAUGCUCUAUGACCUUCUAG